UAUCAAUUCGUUUUGUUAUCUUUUCAUAUUUUCCGUAUUUAUUUGGUCACUUGUCGUUGGCUCUCGCAGAGAAUCCGGGACCUCAGGGAAAGUUAAGGUUUCCUGACUUUCCUCCGAUUACGGAAAUCGACGGUGUGAAUUUCGGUUCCCACAGUCGAGGAUGUGUCGUUUGUCCCCAAGGAAGGACAUGUGAUAAUCAGGGGAUUCGCUUCGAAUUCGUACUCGUUUCAAAAGCAUUAUUUCUUUGUAUGUAUUGACAGUGCGUCCGUCGAGAGCUACAUCCCAAUCUUUCAGAAUCGAUGGGGUCAAAAGGGUAUCUUGUUCGAGUAACUAUUAGUUUUUGUUUAGAAGACAUCUAACUUUAGUUUUUGUUUAGAAGACAUCUAACUCUGUGUCCAUUUUCCUUUUUUCUUUUGCAGAGACCAACAUCAUUGCUCCAUUUCCCGAGGAUCUUCUUACCGUUAGAAAUAUUCUCCGGGGUGGGCCGUACUUUUGGGGCCAUUUUCCCCCGUAACGUGUUCGUCGCGCAGUGGCUUACAAUCACUCUCGACUUCAGUCUGACUUGCCGGUUAAAGAAGAGUCGGAAACGAAUAUGGAGGAGUAUGUUCCCUAUGACAUUCCAGGUGAAAGGGAGAGGUCAAGAUCUCCUAAGAACAAGCAGAUUGGCAUGAAGAUUGACAAUGGUGAUGUCGAUGGGCUGGAGUAUCUGUCGGAUGAGUUGUUCCGUAACUUCCAUGAUGGCCAGGCCAGUGGCAGUGGCGCUGAUCAAACUGAUCCGACGGGAUUCAACGACUUCACCCCCGAUUUCAACAGCUUUUCCGACUUUACUCUGAACUCUGAUAACUACUUCAUCUUCGUCAAACGCAGAACAGAUUCUUGUGGUAAGACCGAUGGAAGUGUCUCGGGUUGCUGGAGGAUCAUGGCCCGUGAUAAACUGAUCAAGUGCAGGGAGACCGGGAGGAUUCUAGGGUUCAAGAAGAUUCUCAAGUUCUGUGAAAAGGACAAUAAGCGAUCAGAGGAACAGGAAGAAGAAGAAGAUGAGAUCAUCUGGGUCAUGGAGGAGUACAGGCUCGUUGAUAAAUGGAAGCAUGACCAAGUGAUUUGCAAGAUUAGGGAUUUGCUACAACAUGAGGUUACUACCUUGCUCGCCAAGCAUUUCUCGUUUCUCCCUAAAUGGAUCAGACCCUUUUCUCAAAAAGACUUCAUGCCGAGGUGGGAUCUCUGUGUACCAAAUUUACCAACGGAUGAGAUCAUCUCGUACUAUCUGAAGAUGUGUGUGGAUGUUCAAAAUGACUGGCCUACCCAUUUCCUCCAAAGCGAACAAGUGUACGGUGUAGUGCCGUGGAUGAUCGUGGAUCCUGAUCAAAGCUCUGUCGACCUACAAGAGGGACCCUAUUUCUUCGUUAACCGCACAGAGAGUUCUGGUCGGACGACAGACGGAUGCGAUGGAGGUUGCUGGAGGAUCAUGCGACAAGACAGAGUGAUCACUUCGAAGGGAAACAAGGUUCUUGGGUUCAAGAGGUUGUUCAAGUUCUGCGUCAAGGAGAAAAAAGAACCGGUUUACAAGUUUUGGGCAGAUGAGAAGUAUAAAGUAAACGAGUUUAAGGUGACUUGGGUAAUGGAUGAGUAUAGGCUGGCUAAGAAGAAGGAGCAAGGUAAAGUGAUUUGCAGGAUUAGCCUUCUCUUCCCAUCACCACUUACCAGUCAUCUUGAACAAUUCUAGGAAGAACUUGAGGAUUCCAAGUGUGUUUCUCAUGUAUGUUUGAACCGAAAACGGUGUGUUUAUCGGAUUCAUACAAUGAAGAAUUUAAGAAAUUGAUUUCUUAGAUUCUUGAGGCUUAAGAGAAAUCAACAUAGAAAUCAAAUGAAAAAUGGACAUCAAAAAGAGUUUAUUGAUCAAAGAUUGUAUUACAUGUAUGAUUACAAGUGUAAAUUAAAUCUAAGAAUUCAUAAACUCUUUGUAAGAAGUGUUCUAGGUAUCAAAUGGAGAAGAGAAGAUUAAGAUAAAGAGAUGUGUAUCUCUAUUUAUACAAGGAAGAAGCUAGAGCUUCAUGGUAAGAUGGGCCUAAUUUGGUUAUCUAAUGGUCCUAGAGGGAGGAUGUAAAUCCACCCCCAACA